UCAAAGCCCUUCCUCAUGGCCAUUUCUUCAAUUUGGUUGUUGGCUAUGCUGUCCUUCCUUCUUGGAAAUGGCGUUUCUCAUACUGAAACCUCCAAUCAAACUCUUUCUUCCACUUCUAGUUUAAACCAAACAUAUAGACCUUCUUUUCACUUCCACCCUUCCAAGAAUUGGAUGAAUGAUCCUAAUGGGCCUAUGAGAUACAAGGGACUCUACCAUCUAUUCUACCAACACAAUCCAAAAGGUGCAACUUGGAGCAACAAUAGCCUAGUAUGGGGCCACUCUAUUUCAAAGGACCUUGUGAAUUGGUUCUCAUUACCACAUGCUCUCACCCCAACCAAACCCUAUGACACUAAUGGUUGUUGGUCAGGUUCAGCCACUAUAGUUCCCCACCCUAGGGGCAAACCGGUCAUUUUAUACACAGGAAUUGACCACAAGUUUCACCAAACUCAAAACAUGGCUGUGCCCAAAAAUGUUUCAGACCCAUUACUUAGGGAAUGGGUGAAGUCCACAAAGAACCCUAUAAUGGCACCCUCACUUGGCAACAAAAUCAAUACAACCUCAUUUAGAGACCCCUCCACUGCUUGGCUAGGGCAUGACAACUGGUGGAGAGUUAUAGUAGGAGCCCAAGAAGGUGACAAGGGUAUGGCACUUUUGUUCCUAAGCAAAGAUUUUGUUAAUUGGGUCAAAGCCAAACACCCUUUGUUUCAUUCAGGCAAAAGAUCAACAAUGGGAAUGUGGGAGUGCCCUGAUUUCUUCCCUGUGUUGACCAAUGGCUCCUUUGUUGGCCUUGACACGUCAUUUGGGGGCCCUCACGUGAGGCACGUGCUCAAGGUUAGUGCUCUUGUUGGGUCACGUGAUUGUUAUCUUAUUGGGACUUAUGACACCACCAAGGAUAGUUUUGUUCCUGACAAGGGAUUUGAGGGGAGUGAGUCACUCCCAAGAUAUGAUUAUGGAAAGUUUUAUGCGUCCAAAACGUUUUAUGAUGGUGCUAGAAAGAGAAGAGUCUUAUGGGGUUGGAUUAAUGAAUCUUCAGUUCAAGAGGAUGACGUACAAAAAGGAUGGGCUGGGAUUCAGGCAAUUCCUCGGACUCUUUGGCUUGAUAAAUCUGGGAAGCAAUUAAUCCAGUGGCCUAUAGAGGAAAUUGAAAAAUUGCGUACCAAGCCUGUCAACUUGCAUUCCAGAAUUCUUAAGGGUGGCACAUUGCUUGAAGUUUCUGGAGUAACUGCAGCACAGGCUGAUGUUGAAAUUUCUUUCCAAGUGAACAAUCUUGAAAAAGCACAAGCAUUGGACCCUAGUUGGAAACUGGACCCCCAACUUCUGUGUAGUGGUGAAAAUGGAAAUGGCACAAAAGUAAUAAUAAAAAGGAGGUUAGGACCGUUUGGCUUGCUAGUUUUGGCUUCAAAGGGCAUGCAAGAAUACACUUCAGUGUUCUUUACGAUACUUAAAGCAGACAAAAAACACUUGGUGCUCAUGUGCAGUGACCAAAGCAGGUCUUCUUUGAAUCUCAAGAACGAUUUGACCACUUACGGGGCUUUUCUGGACGUGGACCCUCUUCAUGAGAACUUGUCACUAAGAAGCUUGAUAGAUCACUCCGUAGUGGAGAGUUUCGGGGGAAAAGGAAAAGCAAACAUCGCGGCAAGAGUUUAUCCCACGUUGGCAAUCAAUGAUGAAGCACACUUGCAUGUAUUCAACAAUGGAACAUUCGAUGUCAAGAUCACAAAACUAAGAGCUUGGAGCAUGAAAAAACCAAAGAUAAAUUGAAAUAAAGAAUAAAAAAGUGAUCCCUAACCUAUAUAUGUGUAUGUGUUUAAUAUCAUCAUCAAAUAAUACAGUGAUUUAGAUCAGUUAAAUUUGUAUUAUAUAAAAAAAAAUAUUUAAUAUGUUAUUUUAUUAAUUU